AUGGCACCGAACGACCACACCUCCAAGCUGAAAGCAAAAGCAAAAGCCAACGAGGCUUUCAAGCAUCAAAACACCCCUGACGUGCGAACGAAGGAUCCUCCUGAAGCAGAGACAAAAGAACUUACUCCCAGCGAAACCAAAGGCACUUCCACGACCAAGGAUACAUCCAAAGCAACAGACACAACACAGUCGGAACCACGCGUAUGUGAACUGCACACCUCACAACCGCAAACUGAUGAGAGGUCUAGCAGCACUUACAACCGCGCGCGUCGGAUCCCUCGCCACCUUCCGAAGAAUACUGGCAGAGUGCAGGAACGUCUCGAAGGCCUGCAGAGGUCAUCUUGGGACUGA